CCACUCAUGUCUCGUUCUUGCGACGCCAAUCUGCGGAUCCCUACAAACGUCAGAACAGCCAUCCCCAAGGCGUUCUCAAGAUGUGGGCCAUUGCGCCGCAGAUGGACGUCGUGAGCCAACAGACGCGUACGGCACUAGUCCUCCGGCUGGGCGAGCGAAUAGUGAGGUCAUUGCUGGCUUGCGAGGAAGCUAUGAGCUGACUUUACGCUUACGAAUGGCCUGCGUCGACUGGUGCCAUGGAACGUGUCCGCCCGAUGUUGCUCGCUUUUCGCUUCGUGACGCCACUGUCGUCGGCGGAUACGUCGUGCUUUAGCUCCACACGUCCACUACUUCAUAGCGCGCCCUCUUUCUGAUCGUUCGUAUUCUCCGAGCAUCUAUUUCCUGUUCCCGAGCCGUAUCUAUCGAACCGCCUCGAACCAUACUGGAACAAAGCCACUAGGGGGCAUCGCACGUGCCGCUACAUCCACGAAACCUGAAUUCGAUGGCUAUCACUUUGCUUCCACUGCACAAGAAAGACGGCGGGCCGCCUCGACGUGCAAAUGGCCAUAUCCCGAACACCAGGAACAAACCACGGGGCACCAGCAAAGCUCAGCAGAAGGCCUCAGCAUUGGGAAUAUCUAGCAGAUGGCGCAACGAAUUGGUCGCUGCAGCGGCCGAGUUCGCAGGCACAUUCAUGUUCUUGUUUUUCGCGUUUGGAGGGACACAGGUAGCAAACUCUGCGGCCUCUGCUUCCAAUUCGUCAACAGCUGGAGGGCAGGACAACAGCAUCACUCAAACGCCGGACACCAGCAUUCUCCUGUACAUCAGUUUGAUCUUCGGGUUCAGCUUGAUGGUCAACGUAUGGGUGUUCUUCAGAGUCAGCGGAGGACUCUUCAAUCCUGCUGUAACACUGGGUCUUUACAUGGUGGGCGCCCUCACGGGGACCCGUGCCGUCCUCUGCUUCAUCUCCCAAAUGGCCGCCGGCAUGUGCGCCGCAGGAGUCGUUUCCGCGAUCCUCCCCGGUCCGUUGAAUGUCAGCACCACGCUCGGCUCCGGCACCACCAUCGCGCAAGGCGUGUUCCUUGAGAUGUUCCUCACCGCCCUCCUCGUGUUCACCAUAUUUAUGCUUGCAGCCGAAAAGCACAAGGCCACAUUCCUUGCUCCUAUAGGCAUUGGUCUCGCGCUCUUUGUCGCCGAGCUUGUGGGCGUCUUCUACACUGGCGGUUCCCUGAACCCCACGCGCUCCUUCGGCCCUUGCGUGGUAACACACAACUUCCCAGGAUACCACUAUAUAUAUUGGUUCGGCCCGCUCAUGGGUACGCUGCUGGCGUACGGCAUGUACAAGAUCGUGAAAAGCGUCGAGUACGAGACCGUGAACCCCGGGCAGGACUUCGAUGAUCACGAGGCUGCUCUGUUUAAUCCGCCGGACGACCCAGAGAGCAAGGAGCAAGUUGAGCGCCCGAACCCUGCGGCCAUUGCUGCGCAGGAAGCUGUCAGGGUCGCGAGUCACUCGAGUGGUAGCCGGUCGCAAGACUUCGAUGGCAUCGAGGGCAGGAUGAGCCCGGAGUACCACCCUGGCUAUGAGCACAGCCAUCAGCAGAGCCGGAGCCAUGAGAGGCCGGCGGAAACCCACUCCGGGCAGAACGGGUACACCGGGCAUAUGGUGUAGAACCCUUUGCCUUUUGAUUUUGUAUUACCAAUGAAGAGAUGCAUGGAUCAGGCGGCUCAACAAAAGUGCUUACAGCGGCGUUGGUGCGAUCUUUCUCCGGCUUGGAUCCAGCGAGCGUUCCUUAUUGAUACCCGG